GGGCCAAUCUCCUGGGACUAGAGCAGGCGAGUUCUGGGCUGCUGCGGUAGGUUUGGCGACUACGGGUUCAGCCGAUUUGGGGCGUCCUUGCAGUUGUACGUCAGCGUUGCAGCUCUCCUUGUUUUAAUGCCUAUAGACUUGUAAGGACCGCGGAAUCAAGACGACCUGGUUGACUGAUUUGCAAACUCAGUGGCAGAGCUGUGUGCGCUGGCUGGACACAGACGUGGGUUGUAGGGAAUUUAAUAUUGCCCAGUUUUGCAUCUACUCUUUGGCCCCAUGAGCCUCCUCAGUCUGUACUAGGUGCUAAGGGCGAAAACUCAGAAAAACACUGAAUUUACUUUUUCCUGGUAAGGCUUCCAGAGAAGCAAGAAUAACGACUUGGUUAUGUUUACAGUCCUAUAGAGAUUGGUCCCUCUGUCUUCCCCUUACACUUGUCAUCUGCAAAUGUUCUGGUGUCAUUUAAUGCCAAAAUGAGUGAUCGCUAUUUAGAACAAAGGAUUACUAUAAAAUUUUGCGUAAAAUUGAACAAGUCUGCAAGUGAGACCCACCAUCUUUUAAAAGAAGCUUACGGGGAUGAAGUUAUGUCAAGGGCUCGAGUUUUCGACUGGCACAAAAGGUUUAAAGAAGGGAGGGAAGAUGUUCGAGAUGAUGCACGAAGUGGUCGCCCGGUCAUCCACAGGACAGAUGAAAAUAUCCAGAAGGUCAAGAAUUUGGUUUGUUCAAACAGGCAGCUAACAGUGAGGAUGAUGGCUGAAGAGUUAAAUUUAGAUAAAGAAACCGUUAGACUCAUUCUGAAAGAAAAUUUGAAUAUGAGGAAGGUUUCUGCCAAAGUUAUAUCAGGUAUUUUGAUGGAUGAAUCUAAACCUGGAAAAUCUGACUUUCAGUCUGACCUUUCAAAGAAAACUGGGAAAAAUGACUCAUUUGUGAGGAAGAAAGCAACAAGUUCUAAAACAUGGAGUCAUCUGCAGAGAGAACCUGGUGUGGAAAUGCCUCAGUCAGUAUUCCAUCGCAGAAUCUACUGUGCUGCUAGCCAGCUUCUGCAGGCCUCAUCUUCAACAAGCCUUUCCACACCAUUGGCUCAAGAUGGUUUUGCUCCAUGGUGAAAUGAAAGGAACCUGAGGUAACUAGCCUAAGCCAGGAAACUACCUCAGGGUUAGGUCUUCAUUUGCUGCUCAUUUGAUUUCAGUCUGCCAUUUCUUCCUGCCUGUCAUGGUCCUUCUCCUCUGACGGGCUAUGGAGCCAUUUUUCUUACUGCUCUCUACCACUUGGAAGUGGUUUUGACUGUUAAUUUCUGGUAUGUGCCUGCUCUUAAUUUCUUUUGCACAACGCAUUUGGAUUUCUUCGCUGCCCACAUCUCAGCUUGUUCCUCUGUUUUUAGCAUUCUCCCUCAGGGGAUCAUCUCUAUGUCUAUGCCCAGGAACCAUGCUCUUUGAGAAGGACCCCAAAAGAAAGCCUACAGUUUCAGCCUACUUUACAUUCAGGGCCUGAGGUAUGGUGCAAAAGACAGUGUGGUACUAACAUGGAGCAAUGCUGGGCCUAAGGAGUCACCUACUGUAAUGAUUGGAUUCCCUCAGAAUUCCUUGGGUUUGCCACUGGUACUGAUCUUGUCAAAGAUACCCCACCUUCACACAUAGAAGAGCUGGAUUUGUUUCAUUCUAGUCUUGUGCUUUGGAUUCCCCACUUAUUUGGGUAUCCCCUCUGCUGGAAGAGAAGGAUCUAACAUAAGAAAAAACAAGAGACCUAGGCCAAAACUAUGUUGUGUGAGGAGAAGGACUGGGUAACUCUUCAGACCCUAAAUUAAGGGAGUCUGCAGUCUGUGUACCAAUUUCCACUCAACAGCCUGUUUUUAGUAACUGCUACUAUUACAGUCGUAGUGUCAGUAUGCUUUGAGCACCUAUGGUUUUCAGAACCUUCCUGUACCUUGAUAAGAUUUUGAAGGGUAGAUGGAUUUCAUGUAGGAGGUGGUUGUUGAAUGGAUCCACGAGGAAGGUGAGACAAAGGGCUUCAAGGUUAGGGAAAGCAUGAGACCUGUGUCAGUGGAAAAUGACACUGUUGGCUAAAAUGGCUAAGUCUACCAGAGAAGAUGGUGGUGUUGCAGAAAAUGAACAAUGUGGGAUAAUUUGCUUCCUCUGCUCUGCCAGUAUUUUAUAGAUAGUUUUUCCUGUGUCCAUGAAUUUUUUCAUGAAUAUUUUUAUAAGAACCCACUUACUUGAUUAUUUAAUUUCCCCAUCAGACCCCAUAAAGCAGUCUUCACUUACACAAAUUAUCCUGUUUUUGCUUCUACUAGAAUAUAUAGAAACGAACUUUUCCCAAGUGUUUUCCAAAUAAUACCACAUAGACUGGAAACAUCUCAGAGUACCUGGUAGAAAUCAGGAAGGAAGAGUAUGUCUCAGCAUUGGCCAGUGUCUAUGUUUGUUUAUUUGUUUGUUUUGAGACAGGGUCUCACUGUGUAAUUCAGGCUGAUCUUAAACUGACUGUAUAGACUUGAACACAUAGAAAUCUUCCUUCCUCAGCCUCCUGCAUGUUGGGAGUAUACGUGUUUGCUACUACCCCAGGGUAAUAUCUGUUUAACUUGAAGAUUUUGAUGCAUAAAUGGAUCCUUUUUUGUAUAUAUUUAGAAUUUUGUUUUGUUUUUUGAGACAGAGUCUCAUUAUGUAGUGUAGGCUGGCCUUGAACUUGCUUAUGUAGCACAGGCUGGCCUCAAACUCAAGGUGAUCCUUCCUCUUGCCUCAGCCUCCUGAGUGCUGGGAUUACAGGUAUGUGCCACCAUGUCUGGCUCCCUUUAUUUAAUGACUAAAGAAGUAAACAAUAUUGGUUAAUAGCAAAGGCCCAAUACUCAUUUGUUCCAUACAGUUUACUUUUAGUUCUAGUCUUUCACCAUCUACCACUUUCAAAAUUUUUUAAGUUCUAAUGUCUGUCAGUUUUGAGGCACCAUGGAAGCUAGAUUUUGUCUCACAAAGAAAAGAUACUUUUUAAGCCAAAAAGCAGUUUAUAUACUUCCAUCUAAUAAUUUCUAGACAUUCCAGUUCUGAGCCACCAAGUCUUCCUACAUCAAAAGAGAUCCUAUGUUCCCUCAAAGAGACUUGUCUUCAGGGACAUAGCAUUUCAGUAACAAAUCUUCCAUUGAUGCCUGUUGCAGCUGUGUUGCUGAAUUUAUUAAUCCUUGCUCAAGUCUUGUAGUAACAUGUAGAAUUAUAUGUUCCUGGGCUGAAGCCAGGAUCUCACAACAUCUAUAGGCAUUUUCUUCAACCUAUUUCAGGAGUCCUGAGAGAACUACUAGGUUUUACUGUAGUCCAGAAAGGGGUGCUAGGAGUGGCCCUAGCAAUGAUAUAGGACCAGAUUAAGGUCAGAGUGUGAGUACCAGAAGCACACUUGAUCCAGAUAGGGUUUGGACACAGAACCACUGGAAAGAGGUAAUUGGGAAUGUGAGUUCAAAUUGUCCCAAGUUGCUGUUAGGAAAAUAAUUUAUUUUCUUAGAUUAUGUCCAAACAGUCAUGUUUGAACCCAUUGCCCCUUUGCAAGACUUCCCAAAAGCUAUUCAGUGAUGUCUCUGAUGUGGGGGAAGUAAAAUUACUGCCCUAAUGCUUAUCCAGAGCAAACCAUGCUCAGAAUCACUAAAUCCAAAGCUAGAGUAUAAAGUCCUAGGAGAGUUUUUGAAUUCCUUAUGUGCCCUCCUGCCAAACCCAUUUUAUUGCUGACCCAAGUUUUUCCGUAGCCUAUAUAUCUUGCUGCUCAGGCCUCUUGAGCUCCUGGUGCUGUAGUCUUAAAUCUAGCCAUUCACCACUCUUCAGACUCUUGCCUUAGGCUUUUACAGAUUGCUCUCAAUUUAUUUUUCACCAAUUUGCUCUUGUUUCUCUGAUUCCCACGUGCUUUGUUACCUGGUUCUGGAUUAUAUUUCUGAGAGCUGCUUUUGGCUAUUUCAGCCUGCUGAUCCCUUUGGUCAUGGCUUAUUUUUAAAAAUUCAGCUCACAGGGGCUGGGGAUUUAGCUCAGCGGCAUAAGUGCCUGCCUUGCAAGCAGGCAGUUGUGAGUUUGAUCCCUGGUACCGAUAAAAACAAAAAAGACAAAAAAAAAAAAAAUUUCAACUCACAAAUAUCUCUCUUCUGAUUUUUGGAUCCCUCUUUGAGCUCCCCACUUCAGCUGUGGUGUGCUUGGGAGCAGAGGUUGUCUGCUCCAGCUGUGGCCCCGCGUUACCUUCUUAGGCUUAAGAAACAGGAUGGGGCAGUGUUGGAGAAUCAUGUUUUUUUUGUUUAUAAAGGACAUAAGCCACUAUCAGUUACAUUCCCCAUAUGCAGCCAAUUUCCCAAAGAAGCAAUUUAGUUAUCUUUGAUAAUGAGUUGUGAAACCCUUUUUGGAGCUCUACUGUGUCCAAAUUCAUUCUCCCAGCAACAGUAUUUUCCCUAGCAGGAUAAGCUCCACCUAACUGCAGGUGAGUAAGCCUGCCUCCAUAGGAAUGUUGAGAGAGCUGCUGUCUGCAAACUUUGACUAUAAUUUUCAAGUUUAACAUAGUCUGUGAAUCUCUAGCUUUCAUGUUGAUCUUCUUCCCCACCAUCAUCCACAAUCUAGUUCACAAUCCACAAGGAAUGUUACAUGCCACAGGCGAAAGUCUAAGAGGAAUAGACUCCUCCCAGGGAUGAUCCUCUCUUCAUUGAUCUUAUCUAAUCCUUUCCCUCCCUUUUUACCCACCCUACUGUACUUUAUUUGCCUCUCUAGUAAUGAUCAAGAUGAGAAAAAAAAUAAAAUGUUCACCAAAUCUUUGACUUAGGAAAACAUGAGAAUGAUUCUGUAGUCCUGGAUUCUCCCUCUUUCUCUGAGUGGAAAUGUGGUAUUUUAGAGAGAAUGUAUGUCUGGGGACUACUUUCCAGAGUCUUCCUUACAGAUCAUUUGUUAGUCAGGUUACAUUUGCCUUUGAAGAUGCCUGCAUAAAUCUGGAUUGCUAAAUUACUGGAAAACACCUAGUAAAGAUGUGCAGUACUAGUAGGAAAUUGUCAGUGGAUCAAAGUUCUGCCUGCCCUACUUGGAACACUGCAGUUUGCUUAUCCUCUACAGAUGUCAUCAUCUGAUAGCCUCACUAGGCUACUUGGGAUUCAGUCCCACCAAAGUCCCAUGUUAGCUCAAUUAGUAAAAAACUCCUCUGCAAGUUAUUCUACAUUCUCCAGUUGCUCCUUCAGUUGGACCAGCACUUCCACAAUUUGCCAGGCUUUCCCAUCUGAGGCUGCUACUAUGCAUUUAUGUUUUCCAGUGUCUUCCUUACCAGAUCUUUGCAAUACUAUGGAAACCGUGUGACCCUUCUCCCACUGUUAAUAUCUAGAAACAAACAAACAAACAAAGUCUCAUGGAGGGUACAAUACCUUUAAAAACCACUUGGGUCUAGUCUGAUGUUAGCAAACUUCUGUAAAGAGAACACCCUCAGCUUUGUGAGCCAUAUGGUUUCUGUUGCAACUGCUCAACAUUUUAGUGCAAAAGCAGACAUAGAUAAUAUGGAAACAUAUGAGCAUGGCAGUGUUCCAAUAAAACUUUAUAAAUGAAUACUGGAAUUUGAAUUUCAUAUCACUUCUACAAGUUUUUUUUCCUUCAGCCAUUUAAAAGUAAAAAACAGCCAAGUGUGGUGGUAUACACUUGUAAUUCCAGCACUGCUGAGGCUGAGGCAUGAGGAUUCCCAUGGUUUGAGGCCAACCUAGACUACAUAGUGAGUUCAAGGCCAGCUUCAACUACAUCGUGAGAUCCUGUCUUGAAAAGAAAGAAACAUCCUCCCCUCCACAUACAUAUUCUAAGCUUGUGAACCAUAGAAGAAUGGGCAGUGGACCAGAUUUAGCACAUGGGCCAUAGUUUGCUAACUCCUGGUGUAGUGUAUAUACAGUAUGCUUAUAAAAAUGUCAGGUGAUUGAUCAUAUUCCAUCAAUAACAUUGUUAAUGCCAACUGAUCUGGCAGUUUACAAUAAAGGAAUCGUGGAAUAUUGGAAGAAAUCUUUAUAAGGCCAGGAAAGUAAAGUAGAGCUGAAAGAUCAAUUGGCUAUUGCACCCUCACCAUACUGUGGUUUACAAGAUCAAGUUUUGUGCUGCUUUUGAUUAAAAAUGUCACACAACUACUACUUACAUUAUUAUGUAAUAUCUAAAAACCUGUUGGCAAUACUGAAAAUGGUGCAAAGUUGCAACCAACAAUAGUAUCUAACGGUAGUUCCAAAUGCCUUAUUAUGGGCAGCAGUUGAAUAAGUGUGUUAUCACCUAUUAAAAUGUGUACUAGAUGAUAAAACUCAGUGAAAUUUUUUUUUGCUCAAACUUUGUAACUGGUCCCAAACCAUAUGUCCUAAAGCGAUCUUUAUUGUGUUACCUUUAAGCUGAUCUUACCAAGUUAUCUGAAAGGAGAUUCUGUGUUAAUUCACUCAACAAGUGUUUAUCAAGUGGCUAUAUGUGCCUAAAUAUAGCAAUGGAAAAUAGACCCAGGCCUUAGAUUUGACAGCCUGAAAUCUAAUAUUAUUCUUCACUUGCAAAACUUCUGUUCUGUAUGCUGACACUUCUGUUCCGUAUGCAGUCAUUACCACUCAUACCUGAUAAUCAGUAUAACUUUUGCCACAUGCCUUUAUGCCGUGGUUGUGAUGCCUCUCUAACUGCACUAAUAAUUUGAGGACUGUAUGUUCGACUUAAAUUUUAUUAUCCUUUACACAAAUUUAUAUUGGUGGAAAAAUAUACUGGCAAUGUUGCAAGUGUAAAUUGGCAACAGCUUUCUGAAAAGCAAUUUGGCAGUAUCUGUUAGGAGCUUUAAAAAUGUUUAUAUCCUCUGAUCCUCUAAUUCUACUUCUGGGAAUCUUUCCUAAAGAAAUAGUCUAAAAUGUGAGCAAAAAUUUAUGCUUAAUAAUCUAAAACUUCAACAGCAAAAAAAUUGGUUAAAUAAAUUAUAUUAUGACUAAAUAAUUGGUUUGUGAUUAUCAUAAUGAGUGUUUAUAGAGUAUUUAACAGCAUGGCAAAACUACUUACGAUGUUUACUGAAAUGAGUGAUGCAAAAUUGUACAUACUCAUCCAAAAAAUUCUGUUUUGAAUUACUGGAAAGGACAUGCUAACUCUGGGUGGCUGAAUUAUGGGCGUCUAAAUUUUUUUUUCUGGUUUCUAUGCUUUUAAAGAAUAUGUCUCCAAACUCCUUUACUUUUGUUAACAGUAAAAAGAAAAAUAGCUUCAAAAUUUGGCAAUCAAAUGCCAGACAUGGUGACACAUGUCUGUAAUCCCAGCACUCGGGAGACUGAGGCGGGAGAGUCACUACAAAGUUCCAGGUCAGCCUGGGUUAUAUAAUGAGACCCUGUCUCCAAAAAAAAAAAAAAAAGAAAAAAAAGAAAAAAAAAAGUUGGCAAUGGAGAAUUGAGGCCACAUCACUAGUUCAAUCCAUGAAAAAUUAACUGGCAUGGAGGCUAGAUGAUAUUUGUGUUGGUGGCAAGAAUGAGAGAGAAGGGGAAAGAAUGUGUAUCAGAGAAGGCGUAACUAGAAUCCCUACUUAAAACCCAAGUGGUUGUGAGAAGAUAUCAUGAGUGGCAUGCUCCUUUUAUGUUGUUCUGUGCAGCGAAAAGAACACCGGUGCUUAUGAGUCAAAAAUGGGAAAGGAUAUGAAAUUCUCUCUUGGGUAAAAUUAACCUCUUUUGGACUUCACUUUCACAUUCUCUCAUACAAACUGAAUUCUUAAGAUGGAUUUUAUUAUAGUUGAAUCUCUGAAGAAUUAUUGAGCCUUUCAUAUUCCUUCAGUGUAGGAAUAGCUUUCGAUGUGCCAAGUCUACCUCCUUUCACACUGGGACAUUCAGGCAACAUGGAUGUACACUGUAGUAUUUGUGUUUUACAUUGAGAGUACUACAUACAAAUCAUUAGUCACCUUAAUGUUGUAAUUUAAAAGUCAAUGUUUGUAAAUGUCAAUUUGUUGGUGUCCAGAAUUAUUGUAUUUCUUGUCUAAAGAGUAACCACGACGUGGAAUUUCAAAGUGAAAAAUUACGUAGCGAAUGCAUACCCAUAAAUGAAAGUGUUAUGUUGGGAAAAUGUAUAUUUAAAUGUUGCCUUGAUAAAAUGAUUAUCAUUAAAAUGUUAAAUGUAUCUUUUCAGUGAAAUUUCAAUUUUCAAGUAAAUACAAGAGAUAAAUACGUGUUUCAUAAACAUAUAGGUUAUAGAUUUAUCAAGCUAGGUGAGUUUUUCAAGAUCUAAAGUGUUAAGCCCCUUGCUACAGAAAGAGCAUUAAGAGUGUGAUUUGGGUUUUAGUUCUGGCUUUUUUAUUAGCUUUGUGACUGGACAAUUCAUUUUUACCUUCUGAGUGCCUCACUUUACUCAUCAAAUGAGGAAAACAAUGUGUUGUUCAAUUUUUCCAUUCAGCAAAUAUUUAUUGAGUACUUACAUAAGUUUCACACUGUUCCAGAUAUAGGAAAUAGUGGUAAACAAGCCAAAAAAAUAAAAAUUCCUCCAGAUGGGCAUACAUUUAGGUGAGGGAGACAGACAAGCAAAAAGAUAAAAUUAGUCCAAAAAUAGUAUGCUGGUGAUUGAUAGAUGUGAGACUUACAAUAAAUAAUGUAUAUGAAUUACAUAGUGUAAGACCUGGCAUGUAGCAAAUUCUUCACAGAUAAUAAUUUCCUUUGCUUCUUUUGUCUUCCUGACAGUUGCUGAAUUCCUCUACAAAAUGAUAGUAAUCAUAAAAAGACAUGACUGGUUAUUACCUGUUAUCUAUUGCUAGUAAAUAAGGCCUAAUCUUGUUUUUGCUUAAGAAUUCUUACACUUGGAUUUUGUACUUCCUGUAUGGAAGAUUAAUCAAGGUAGUGCCUAAAUAGUGUUAUAAAAUGGAACUUUCUGGAGCCAGUUGGCAGGCAUCCUUGUAUGGGACUGGAUGGCAGGCGUUAGGUCCAAAGACAAAUGCAUAGUGUCCUUGCUGUUUUAAGCAAAAUAAACUAGAAGACUUUAAUGACUGUUUCUUAAUGAAAAGCCGUAUUCCCUCUUUCCUGUGCCAGACUUUGGAGAACUGAGCAAAGUUUGCAGCGUUAGGAGUUUGGCUGUGUUAUUUAUGGGUGACUGGUAACUGGUCUAUUAUGUACUAUGGGUGACUAAUGGUAACUGGUCUAUGAUCCUUAGUGCUGUUAUGUGAAAGAACCUGGAGCUCAGUCCACAGGUAUUUGGUUUAGGCUGUUACCCCUUGAAAGAAACUGAGCAUUAGGUUGUACCUGGCUUCAAGAACUAGUAAAUGAAAAUUCAGAAUUGCAAUCCAGAUUAGAUAAAGAAAUUAGCCCAAGGAGGUUGAAGAAUGUUUUUUUUGAAUCACACAUCUAGUUGGUAGGAGAGCCAGGAUAAUAAUGAAGGACCUUGAACCUUAUUCAAUCCAUUUCUAUUAUGCCAUUGGUAAUAAGUACUUUUACUAAAAUGCUCAUUCUUAAGACAUCUUUUUAUUUAAAGACAUCUUUUAAAUAGUGCUCACCAUUGCAUUUAACAAAUGAUUUACCAAUAAUUGAUUUACAUACAAUUUUAAAGAAACAUUUAUAGCACAGAACGUUGUACAGAGUGUUUUUCUAAAUUUCCCUGGGGUGUCUACAUCCUCUGCUCCUUCCAGGGCGUGUAUUCAUAAGUAAAUGUUGGCAUUCUGAUACUCAUUUUUUCCAGAUGUUCCUCCCAAGUGGUGUGCUAUGUUUUGUGUUUUUAAUAUUUUUCAUAUGCAUUUUAAAAAUCUGGGCACAUAAAUCUUAAUAAAAGUCUUAACUAUC